AUGGUGCAUGCUGACUCGUUCCAGGAGUCAGUGAGCUUUGAAGAUGUGGCUGUGAAGUUCACCAAGGAGGAGUGGGCUCUGCUGGAUCCAUCCCAGAAGAAGCUGUACAAAGAUGUGAUGCAGGAAACCUUGAGGAACCUGGCUGCUAUAGGAAACAAGUUGGAAAACAAGAAGGUUGUAAAUGAGUAUGAAAAUCUCUGCAGAAAACUAAGGUAA